UUUAUAGCGUUUUAAUUUUAAAGAUUAGUCAUCGGCCAACUUUGAAAAUAGUUCAUUAUGUUGAAAUUCACUUUGAUUUUUUGUUGCGCUUUGCUAGCGCUAGCGUGUGCCAAUGAGGACGAUCAGAAGGCAGAACUUACCUCUUCAUAUCAAAAGCAGGAUGAAUUGGGUAACUUUGAGAAUGGAUUUGCAACGAGCAACGGGAUUAGCAUAAAGGCUGCUGGCAAUGUGAACGGAGUACAAGGCGAAUAUGUUUUACCCGAUGGAAAAAUUGUAAAAUAUCGGGCAGAUUCGACCGGUUUUCAUCCCAUUGUGGAUUAACUUUUACCAGUGAAUUUAAAUAAGCAGGCAUGACACCAUGUAAGAGGGUAAAGUUUGUUAUAAUUACAUAAAAAAAUCGUAAUAAAAUGCGUUGAGAAUAAAUAUUUGCAAGUGCCAAUAUAAAAUUAAA